UUGUUUUUCUUAGAUCAUCCGGCUGCCGCUCCCGGCCGUUUCGGAGGCCGCCCGGGGGGCUCAAGUUUUCACAAUGCUGUUCCCACUUAUCCUGGUGCUAACUUUGGUGGGGGUGUACCAGGAUUCCAAAACGGGCCGUCGUUACAUAAGUCCAACUCUGCGGCGAACAAUAUUGGUUCUAUGGCGGCUAAUGCUGUACAGCCUGGACUGAAGCCUGGAGUCGUAGGUGAGCCUCAUUUUGUUGCGCGAGAUUCGGCCGCUAAUAGGCUCCCAGGCAUCCCACCAACCUUUGGUAACACACAACCGCAAGGUUCUAAAGAUGCUCAUAACGCCGAAGCCGCUUUUGGCAAAAGCAAUAUGAGCAUAUUUAACCCCUCGGUUUCGAUGAAUCUACCGUCCAAUGCACCGUCGAGGCAAACGGCCCCCACCAAAGCGCCGCCAGUUCUAACGGUGGAACCAAAUGGCCGAGCCAAUGGAAUGAAAGUCGGCCUGCAAAUGGCAGCCAGCCGUUCUGGGCUAAUGCUCAGCCUGGCCAGAUCCCCACAACUGAUCCGUCCUUCGCGCAACGCGGUUCCAAGCCGCCGGCCGUUGGUCGGCGACUCGAACAACCCCAGACUUUUGCUCCCGAUGAUCAAUCCUCUAUACGUUCCCGUGGUUCAUCGAGUAAUCUGA